AUGGGGCCCGCGACCACCUCUAGGCCUUACAUCUACGUACUCGUCGCCGGGGUAUCCAUCAGCAUUAUCGGAUAUGAGACGAGGCAACGCGGAUGGCCCAUAUGGAAUGCACGACAGCCUCCACCACAAAGCUACAGAUAUGAAGCUCUUGAGCAGUCCGACGCGAUCCGUCUACUUGUUCUGGAGCCAGGAACUGGCCAAGACCCCGUAUCUGUUCGUCUAAUCCAGGCACAUCUAUCAUGGAGCCCCAAAUUCGAGGCGAUCUCCUACGUAUGGGGCGAUCCAGGUGAUACAACAGCCAUACUCUGUUCUGGCAGGGUAAUCAAUAUCACACAGAACUUACAUGCCGCCCUGCAACAAUUUCGCCUCCCAAAUGCUGAGCGAGUCCUCUGGGCCGACGCGAUCUGUAUCAAUCAGACCGACCUCGGCGAGAAGAAUACACAGGUACCCUUGAUGAAAGAUAUCUACUCAGAGGCAUCUGCGGUACUGGUCUGGCUAGGAAGUGGCUCGCCGAAGCUCGAGCGCGGCCUCAACGCAUUGGGACAACUCCAUGUAUAUUUUUGCCGGCACCUGAAGCACUACAACGACGACGCCAAAUAUCGCCGGCGCCUCCUUGGCGCCGACGGCCGGGCCCGUAUUCCGAUCCGAUCCCUCUCCCUCAAGGAUUCUGAGGAACUAAGAAAACUCGACUGGGAUGCCAUCAGUGACCUUCUAUCCUUGCCCUGGUUUGGCAGAGUGUGGACUCUGCAGGAGAUCGUCAACGCGAAGGAAGCAGUAUUGGUGUGUGGUGGGAGAACAGCAGCAUUCCACAAGUUCGCACGACCCAUUGUGGAAUUGUUCUUACAAUACGUCGACUCCGCCCGAACACUGGAGUUGGGACUGACUAUCAAUUUCCCGAUAAAUUCUGUCUGGUCGGUUAUGGAAACAAGUAGAUUACGCGCAUCAAGGGCUUCUAACCUCGACAAAACAACACUCUAUGAGCUGGUUAGGAGACACAAUCUGCGGCAAUGCACCGAUCCACGCGACAAAAUAUACGGAUUUCUCGGUCUAGCGACUGACCAGACCGCCAACGACCAGCCAUUUCUGCCUCAAUAUAAUCUCUCUGUGGAGACCAUCUAUAGAGAUUUCGCGUUGUGGAGUAUCGCGGUGACGCGUAGCUUGGACAUUUUCUCCAGCAUACGCGACUACCGUGUUCACUCCAGUCUCAGAGGCCUGCCCUCUUGGGUGCCGGAUUGGAUGGACUGGGGAGGGAGAAGAGAUACCGAGUUAUUCGAGACCAGCACAUGUGCGGGCGGGCGAAAGUAUACUCCGCGGGUUCGCCUUGCACCCGAAAAUGACGACGUCCUUCUGGUUACGGGGUACGUUGUUGACCGCAUCGAGCGGCUAGCAGUCUCGUACUACCAAAUGACAAUAUGGGACGACUACCGUCAUUGCAACUAUGUGCAACAGCUGAAAGCUGGGGUGACUGGUGCAGCUCGGGAUAAAAUGAUCGCCCGGUUCAGUUCGGAAGGCCUGCCAGAGCACUACUUGGACGGACUUCUCCAGGCAGACGACAUGGUACAGAAAUACAGCAUCCCCGGUAAAACUUCUACUGCCGUUCUGAGAGACAUCGUCUGGAUUGAGAACUGCAAAGACAUCGCCACACGAGGAAGCGGUCAAAUGUCGACUGGUCAAUAUGAAGCUUUUUGGCGGACGAUCACUGGGGCCAAGGUCGAUAAAGAUGUUCCCGCACCACGCUGGUUUAAAUGGACCUUCAAGAAACACUUGCAGCUACUCAGCGACUUACGCGAGGGGAAAAGACGUCUCGAUUAUGGAAUGGCUCCUUUUCAGGUCGGCGGCAGCUUUGGCUCUACUGUCCCUUUGUAUCACGCCGGGCCAAAACCAGUGCUCUACGAUGACGAAUACCGGAGGUGGGAUGAGGUGCGAGAAUCAUGGGCUUGCAAUCGUCGUCGUCGCUUUUGUGCUACGGAAAAGGGCCGGCUUGGCUGGGCGCCAGAGGCGGCCCAAGAAGGGGAUUUGAUUUGCAUUUUCCACGGGGCUAAGGUACCCUAUGUCUUGCGACCUUGCGAGGAUGGGAAUUAUAUUUUGCUCGGUGCGGGAUAUCUCCAUGGCAUGAUGCAUGGGGAGGUGUUGAAAAUGAAGGACAUGAAAGAAGAAGAACUGCGGAUUUGCUAG